AUGUGUCUAGCUGUUGUUAACUCCAGCCUAGAUAAAAGCCCCUAUGAUGAUCAGCCGGGGUUGCAGGGUAGGCGCAAUGAGGCACCGCGACCUCGGCCUAGAGCAGGAGAAGGAACAGGGGAGGAACUUUUAGUCAUAAAGCCAACACCAGAACAAGCAAAGGCAGCGGUUACUUUAGCUGAAGAGAACCUUGUUUAUAUGAUAAAUGACUAUGAAAUACCAUGGCCAGUGGCAUUAUGCGUUUACCCAGUUAUUAUGAGUGAUGACCUCAUAGUGACUGGCCUCUGUGCAGUAGCUAGACAUAUUUCUUUUUUUAGAACAUGUGGUAGGAUACCCGAGGAACAUGAAGAAGGGUUACUAGGUUUCCGCCAUAGUUGCCUCCAAGCACCAAACGAGGUUUCCAUCUGGACGAAAUUCUGUGAAAUUGAUAUGAUAAAGGCUAUGCAAGAAAUAACAAAUGCUGAGGAGUUAAAAGAAUUACCUAAACAUUUGGUAAGGUUUGAACAUCAUUUAAGGAAACCCGUCAGAGUCCAUAACAUUUAUAAAGUUGCACGAAAUAUUAAAAAAGAAAGUUUGAAAGCUGAGCAGCAAGCCAAUGCAGAGGGCAAACUAGCAGGUGAUUGUGGAACUAGUGGCAGUGGUGGUUCACAGGCAAGCACCAGCAGUAUUGCACCCGCAAGCAGUAGUGGUAGCCUGCAAUCUGUCAGAGAAGAAGGAUCUGCUGAAAAACCAGACAAAGACGAGCAGCUGGUAUCAUCAGCUGUACCAUCUGUGGAAACUGUGGUGGACAAGGCAGAUGUUACAAAACAUGAUGGUAAAGCUAAUGAACAGCAAGCAACAACUGGUCAACCAGAAAAUGCAGAACAACAAACAUGUGCUGAAAUACUUGAAAGUAAUAAACAGAUCACUACAGAGAAAUCAUCAAAUACUGAGGUACAAGCUCUCAGUGAUAAACAGAAUUCCAAUGAAACUGGUGAAGGUACUUCUGCUGCACAGAGGACUGCUAAAUCAAGGAAAUGGAAAUCUCUCAGAAAAAGAGAAUGCCUCAUAGAAAGUACAACAAAAAUAGAAGACCUACAAGUAAAUCAUGAAUAUGCUGAGGGUCCAUUCUUGACACUAGCAGAUCUUGUCCUCUUGCCAACAUACCAUGUAAUUGUUCAAACUAUAGGAGAACAACGCUUUGAAUCUCUCCUGCCAACUACAUACAGAUGGUACAAAAAAGUCAUGUCCUUACAAAAAGUACAAGAAACAUUUGUUUGUUACAUGGAUAAGUUUGAUAUAAAACAGACUACAUCACAAAAUAUAUCUUUGCCCACCUCUGAAGAUGUUAGCCUUUACAAAACUGAUCCUAAAAGGCAUAAUCCCAGAAAGAGGAUAUACACUAGGGAAGAAGACAUAGAAACAGCUCUUAGUUUCAUUAAAGAAGGAAUGGAAUUACCCAUCUCUGAUAAUAACUAUGAACCUGCAUUUGAAUGGAAAGAUAUACCUGAACAUGCAAGUCCAUAUGCAGGCUUUUUACCUGACACAAGAGCCCAAAGAAAAUCACAGCAAUUAGAAAAUUUGGUUCUAGCUGUGCUUAAAAUUGCUACGGAUGGCGAUGUCAUUGUAGAUUUUUGCUCUGGAGGUGGCCAUUUAGGAAUCCUGCUUGCAUACCUGCUGCCACGAUGCACUAUAAUAUUUCUGGAGAACAAAGUGCAAUCUCUGUUUACAGCCAGGGAGAGAAUCCAAAAGUUGCGAAUCAAUAAUGUAUUUUUUUUCCAGUGCAACUUAGAUUUCUUUAUUGGUGAAUUUGACAUUGGAGUUGGAUUACAUGCUUGUGGUAUUGCUACCGAUUUGAUUCUGGACAAAUGUGUGCAGGCAAAAGCAAAAUUUGUAGUCAGUCCUUGCUGCUACGGAUCACUCCAUUAUACAAAUAGGUUGAUAUAUCCAAGGAGUAAAGCAUUCUCAAGUGUGCCCAUCUUGAAUUACUUGUGUAUAGCCCAUGCAGCUGACCAAACGCACAAGGAGCAUCCAUUGGCUGUUAGAGGCGCCAGAUGUAUGGCCAUCAUUGAUUCAGACCGAGCUCGCUUGGCUGAGGAAAUGGGAUACAAAGUGACACUCAUGAAGCUGAAGCCUCCCACAUGUACACCUAAGAAUGAUUUGUUAAUAGGAAUACCACCAGAAGAAUAA